AUGUGUUCUUCAGAAGCUAGGGCGUACCCCAGAAGCGACGCGCAUUGCCCUCGCCUGGACAAUGUGGCAAAUAUGCUAGGGCUACCGGCUGGAGGACGGAGCCGGCCAAAGAAGUUAGUCCGCCAUCGCCAGCAACAUCCAGUGCGCUUGGCAACACUUAACGUUGGGACGCUUACUGGAAGAAGUCGUGAACUGGCAGAUAGUCUCAGAAAACGCCGUGUUGACAUAUGUUGUGUACAAGAGACUCGCAGGAAAGGCUCCAAAUCAAGGGAAUUAGGCGAUGGCUACAAGCUCAUCUACCACGGCACAUCAAAUCGCAAUGGCGUUGGUAUCAUAUUGAACGAGUCGUUUAGAAACAGCGUCACAGUAGUGGAUCGACUAUCGGAUCGCCUGAUAGCUGCAAAAGUAGACACAGGAGAAGUGGAAUUGCGAGUCGUCUCUGCUUAUGCGCCACAGGCGGGCUGUAGUGAAGAAGAGAAGGCAAGCUUUUGGGAGGAUCUGGAGCAGUACGUCCAAUCCCUGGAAGGCGAAGAAGUACUUCUAAUCGGAGGAGACUUCAACGGACGUGUCGGUUCUCGGAAAGACGGGUUCGAGAGUUGUCAUGGUGGAUACGGCUAUGGAGCUCGUAACGACUACGGGUUGCGAAUCCUGGAGUAUGCUGUUGCAAGUGACUUGAUCAUUGCUAACACGCACUAUCGGAAAAGAAAAUCGCAUUUGAUCACGUACACCAGCGGCGGUCGUGAAACACAAAUAGAUUUCUGGAUGUUACGCCGACGAGAUCUGCAGGAUUCAAAAGUCAUCCCUACAGACCACGUCGCUGCCCAACACCAUCUGCUCGUUACGGACUUGAAAAUCUCCCGUCCAAGGAAGAGACAUCCAAGGACUGAAACACAGCGCAUCAAAUGGUGGAAUCUGAAGGAUCGAAAGGAGGUAUUUUUCGCGUCCGUGGCUCCAUCUACACUUCCCCACCCUACUCGUAGUGUGGAGGAAAUGUGGUCGUCUACUUCCAGCGUUAUACGCUUGACCGCGGAGAACACUCUGGGAAAGACGACUCUAGGUAAGCCCAAAGUACAAAAGGCUACGUGGUUUUGGAACGAGGAAGUUCAGGCGGCAAUUCAUGAAAAGAAGUCCAAGUAUAAUCUCUGGUGGAGGACGCGUCAGCCUAAAGAUCGGGGUGCUUACCUAGCGGCGAAGAGGGAGGCUAAGAAGGCAGUCUCCAAGGCGAAGCCGGACCGCUACAAGGCUGUGUACGACAUGCUUGAUACCGGAGAAGGCGAGCGGGCAGUGUAUCGUUUAGUCAGAGCGCGUCAUCGCUCAACGUUGGAUAUGGACCACACCAAGAUCGUUAAGGGAGCUGAUGGAGCCGUUCUGCGCCGCUCUGGUCAGAUCCUGGAGAGGUGGCGAGAGUACUACAAUCACUUGUGUAACGAAGAGUUCUGUCAUCCUCCCAUCCCAACUGUUUCCAGCGUCGAGGGUCCUGUUCUACCAAUUACUGUCGUCGAAAUCAGUGCUGUCCUCGCAAAAAUGAAGUCGAACAAGGCUUUCCGGUCUUGGUGA